AUAAAAUCUAAAUGAGAUCAUCAACAUUAGUUUUGGUUAUUUUAACAAUGACAGCCAGUGCAACAUUUGUUUACGAUGAAGUUUUGGCAAAGGAAGAGGCUGCCUUAUCUUUUGCAGCUUAUUGUCCAACUUCCUCUAUAAAUAAUUGGAAGGUGGGUUAUGUAAGUGGUAAUUACCCUGACAUCUAAAAUCCUAAAGUCUUUGAAAAUAUCAUUUAAGUAUGAAAAUAUUAUAAAUUUUUUUAAGGGAACAAAAGGAUAUAUUGCUUACAAUCCAAAUAUAAAUUAUAAAGCCAUAACAAUUGUCUUCAGAGGUUCAAGUAAUAUUUAAAAUUGGUUGGAUAAUAUCUAAUUUGAUAAAGUUAAUUAUAAUGAUGCUUGUUAAUGUUAAGUUCAUAAAGGAUUCCUUGAAGCCUUCAAAUCACUUCAACCAGAUCUUGAUACUCUUUUCACUAAAUAUAGAAAUAUGUACCCAAAUGCUAAAAUUCAUGUAACCGGUCACUCUUUAGGUGCUGCUAUGGCUACUCUUUAUGCUACUCAAUUAGCUAUUGCUGGUAAUACAGUUCAAUUAACUACUUUUGGAUUACCAAGAGUUGGUGAUGAAGCCUUUUAUAAUUAUUUCUCAUCUUUCACUAAAUUAUAACACUUUAGAGUUGUACAUGAAAAAGAUGCUGUACCACAUGUAAAUCUUUUUCAAAUUUUAGGUUCCACCAUAAAGCUUUGGAUUCAAUCAUGUUGAUAGAGAAAUCUGGUAUCACAGAAAUUCAUACACUGUAUGCUAAUUAGAUGAGGAUCCCAAUUGUUCAGACUCUGUUCUUAUUCCAUCUGUCGCUGAUCACAGUUUCUAUAUGGGAUGGAGUUCAUCAGUUGACUGCUGAUAUUUUAUUAAAUCA